UCCUGGUGAUGGAUCUUAAUGAUCACUUGCUAUGUAAGACACGCUCCCCUUCAUUCUCCCCCUUCCUUCUCUUCCCUUGCAGUUGCUCUGCCAAAUAGAAGAACAAUGUGGUCUUUCUUACCUGUCGGAGGGUGUACAUUCCAUCCCUGCUAAACCAAGACUCAAUCCUGCCUCAAAGCCACUUCUGCUUGAGCAGGGCCCUCACUGCCAUGCUUGCUCUGACUCCAGGUGCUCCACAUCACACUCUUUUGGAAGGACAUUGUUCUGGCCGGUUCUAAGACAACCAUUUGGCUCGCUUCUCUUUACGUUCUUUACGUUUCAGCGUUAAAUCUCUUUUUUACCUGUUUUGUUUUUAGAAAACUGGAAUCCAAAUAAUUUACAGUGUUUUGGGGGAAUUUGUAAGCAGCUACCUUUUUCUCAGAGGAAAGACAUUUUUUGUGGUGUGUGCCAGACUGUUGGUUUGUGGUUUGUAAUGUGGGCAAAGGGGAAAUUUGGAGGUUGGAGUGCAAGCUUAAGGAUACAAUAGUGUAAAAAAAAAAAAGAAAAAAAGAUGGUGUGGGUGCUUUACAGGAAGGUUGCGUUUGUCUGCACAGAGCCAUCCCAUUUAUGCUGGUGGCUGCAGAGAAGCCUAACAGGGAGAGACAGAGUUGAAUAGGACUCAGAGCAAGAGGCCCUGAGCCUUGUACCCUCCUGUACUAUGUUUGAACGGCUCUAACAUUUUUACCUUGUAUUUUUUCAAACCAAAAGGAUCCUGCUGAACACCUGAUUUUAUUUUUAAUUUUUACCUAUCAACUGUUGAAGAUGCGGAGAUUCUUGCUCAGGUUGAUUGUUUGCUGCAGACUUCUCUGAAUGUGUUCAACGGUCAAUUAUAUUCUCCCUCUGAGGAGAAACUGUGACGUAGUGGCUACUUCUGGCAGGCUAUGUGGGGGGUUGUCCAUUUCAGCUAAUUUCCCUGGAGAUAGGCCCAAUGGACAGCCGCAGGACGCCGAAAUGGAUGUUGCUUGGCAGGAGUUGAUGGCAAUAACAGAGCUGCAGGAGUUCGAAGUACCAACUGAUGCCUCCUAUGAAGCAACUCAGUACCAGACUACUGACCCCACAGGAGAAUAUGGCAUGGCUCAGUCUCACUCUGAACCCCCUCCUGCAACUUGUGAGCUGAGCACUGCCAGGACGUAUGCUGGAUGUUACUCUGAAGAAGUGUCUCACUGCCAUCCUCUGGGCGGCAGGGCAACAUAUGAAAACUCUCAGACUAGUCAGCGAAUGAUCUCCAUGCCCGCUCAAACUCUGCCGUCUCCUGGAAACAUGUUGGGGACAAGUCAUGGACACAGGAGAACUAAUGCCCGUCUUUCUCCGGGUUCAAGUCGACACAUGCUUUGGACAGCACAUGGCCAAAACAUGCAUGGCCGCAUGGCUGAUGGUCUGGAGUCAGAGGCUGGUCUUUCUUUGGGAUCAAGUCCACCUUUGACAUCUCCACUAAAUCCAGUGGGUGCUGCACAAGGUUACCAUAAUGUAGAAAUAAAUGUGCCUUACAGUGAUGUUAACUCAGGCAACAUUAAUGAUCAUACCAGGAGAGCACAUAUCAGUUAUUCAAUGGACUACCAAGGUCCAAAUCACUCAUAUUUUGACUCAGGUGUAAAUCCGUAUUUUUCUUCUCAAAAUUCCUCUCACUCCCAGCCAUGUGCCACAACUCAUUCAGCGAGACAGCAGCACAACACAGUUGCUUCAUGUGAACGGUAUAAUGAAUUAACCAGCAGGGGGAGCUCUCAGCAUAAGUACUCAAAGCCACACACGGGCCUUUCCAGUUCUGCUCCACUUAGCAGGGAUGAGCGGAGGGCCAUGGCUUUGAAAAUUCCCUUCCCUUUGGAUAAAAUUAUCAAUCUACAAGUGGAUGAUUUCAACGAGCUGCUGACUCAGUAUACUCUGACCGACACUCAACUUGCACUGGUCAGAGACAUCAGACGGAGGGGAAAGAACAAGGUGGCAGCUCAGAACUGCAGGAAGAGGAAGCUGGAGAGCAUCAUUCAUCUGGAAAGAGAACUGAACCAGCUGCAGGUGCAAAGAGAACACCUCACACAGGAAAGGCUAGAGUUCCAGCGCAGCCUGGGCUUUGUCAAGUGCCGUCUGAGAGACCUUUAUGCAGAAGUGUUUUCUCACUUGCGAGACGAAGAUGGACAACCUUACUCAAUAGAUGAGUAUUCUCUCCAGCAAACACCCGAUGGGAAAAUUUAUUUGGUACCUCAUACGAUGGAAGCAAGAGAUCAGUGCUGAAUAUAAGGACUCGUCUGUGCUUUGGAAGUGUUUUUACUUUUCGUGCCAAUCUCAGUUUGUGGUUAAACUAAGUUUACGGUGACACACAAGACCAAUGUUUAUAAUAAAAAACACACAAAGUGUUGAUAAAAUAUUUUAUUUAAAAAAAGAAUAAAAAAGUAAAAAUCAAACUGCACAGCAGUUUUAAGCACUGUAAAAAAAAAUUUAAAAAGAAUACUUCAGCGUUAGCACGACAGUUCAGCUAACCUGUGGAAGAAAAUAAUCUUUGUUCAAUAAAUAUUGCCACAAACCAACCAGCAGAUUCACUUUCUUGUACCUGGGCCAUUCUCACAGAAAUGAUGUUUUUGUAGUGCUGGAUACCGCUGGAAAUCACCUGAAAUGCAAAACAAAAUAAAAGUAUAAGGCAUUGCUCAAAGGUAACCUGUAUUGACUGCAUGCAAAUUACAGUGGACCUCUUUGCACUGCAAGAGAUCAAUUUUUGAUCAAGUGGUAUUUUUUUUAGCCAUGUCAUUACUGGGCUACAAAACUCACUACCAGCUUAAAAGGCAAAAAGAGAAAACACCAUCAGUAGUUGAAAGUCUGGUCUUACCUACAGACAGCAUUUAAGCCUUUUGGUAGCUGCUGCCUGCUAGCCUCAGGCUUCUGCUCUCACUCUCCCCUGCUUCAAUGAUCCUGGCGAUGGCUUUGCUACUUCUCUCCCUUAGCUUGCUUCCAUGGCUAGCCUCAUAGACUUUGCAUGUAAGCUAGCCUCCUCGAGAUGAUCUUUGCAGAAUUCGAAGUUGUCUGAGCCAAGUCACGGCCUUUUUGAAGAUAACAUUUGCGCACCACUGGGAAAUUGCCUUUUCCAGAGCUUGACAAAAAGUGGCCCUUUUCCCCGUUUAAGUGUCAACCCUCCCUUCACCCAGACCACUAAAGAGGCUAACGAGACUUUAUAAAAAACUGAAAGGUGGUUUAUUUCAGAUUGAGUUGAUGCAGUUACAAAUAAAAACCAGACUUAAAGAUAAACAUAAAACCCUCAUUGGAAUGCUUGCUUUCCAAAAAAAA